AUGGCGAAGCGUGGUCGCAGUCGUUCCCCGCGCGCGCGCGCGGUCCACGCCGCGGUCAUGGACGACUUCGUCCUCGACGCGCGCGUGGAGCACAUCCGCAACUUCCUCAACGUCCUCUCCGUCGUGAAACUCUCGAAGAAGCAGCACGUCAACGUGAGCGUCAGCGAGCGAGGCGUGACGUUCGUCGCGGUGGACGACUCGAAAUCGCUCCAAGCGCAGGCCAACUUCCGCGCGGAGGUCUUCUCGCGCUUCCGCGUGAACGCGUCCGCGGCGGGGGGCACGCAAGGCCCCGGAGGCACGGGCGCGACGUCCUUCGCGGGCUCGUUCGGGAUCGCCCUCGGGUCGCUCAUCGACGUCCUCAGCGUCUUCGCGCCGAUGGACGGCGAGGCUGAGCUGUCGCUGCGAUGGCCCGACCGCGACGGACGCCUCGUCCUCGCCGCGCACGUCGAGCGCGGGAACCCGGAGCGGCCUCUGCAGUCGUGCACGCACGCGGCCGUCGCGGCGACGGAGCGCGACGACGGCGGGGGCCCGGGCGGCGGCGACAUCGUGUUCCGCGGCGAGACGAACGCGUUCACGCUCCCCGCGCACGGCCUGAAAGAGAUCGUCGACGAUCUGGAGUGGCCGAACGCGCCCAUGGCGAUCGAGAUGUCAUCCGACCCGAACGUCCUGACGUUCUCCGCGGCGGGGCAGGAGAUCGGCGAGCUUCGCGUCGACGUCGACGCGCGCGACGGGCGCGGGCUGACCGAGUUCGCGUGCGGCGUGAACGGGCGAUGGCUGUAUCGGCACGCGUUCGCGAAGGCGGCGACGGCGCUGCCCGGCGCGCUGUUGGGACCGACGCACGACCGCGGGGGCGGCGACGGCGUCGACGCGCCGACGAUGACGCGCGUCGCGAUCGGCGAGGGCGGGAUGCUGAAGGUGGUGCAUCUGGUGAGGUUAUCGCGCGCGAUCCCGCACUUUGGAGGAGGAGGAGGGGGGGGAGGAUUCGGAGGGACGGCGACGGGCGGCGGGCCCGGGAGUCGAGGGACGCCCACGCAGAGCGCGACGCCGCGCGCGCCCGCGAGUUACGUCGUCCCGGUGACGUUCGUGGCGUACCCGGAGGUGGAGAUGAGCGACGGGGAGUACGACGACUUCGGCGACGAAGUAGACAGCGAGAGCUGA